AUGUGGCUCCCGAACCUCCUCACCUCUGCGCUCCUCGUCGCUGCCAGCGUCGCCUCCACGCCCGCAACGAUACAAACAGAACUGCUAUACCAACCCGUCGCCUCGUCCUCAAAGCCAAUCGAACUCGCGCGGAUAAGUUACGACCCGGUAUCCCUCCGGUCGAGAGUCAUAUCCUAUACGCCUCCCCAGCUCUCGUCUAGCAAUGACAAGGACGCUGAUUUGAUCCGCAUCGGUGCCUAUCCCGAACCAAACAGCUGGGUUGGCGUCUUGUCUUCGCUCUCCGUUUUCAAGCCGUCGUCUACGCUGCCUGGCAGUGAUGUUCCGACCAUAUUACUCUAUCUCGACUCCAGGAAUCGCGUGUAUCAUGUCGGGAUAUCGUCACAGUCGAGUGCCGCGGGGACUCAGAGGACCCAGGCCGGAAAGCCGUCAGGAGUAAACGUGGAAGUUGUACGCUCUGAGCCUGCUGCUGUUCCUCAGUUGAACAAGGCUAUCGUUCGGAGGGCAGACGACGAAGGCGAGGAGCAGGAGGAGGUGCCUUUUGUAAACUCGUUACUCCAAAAGUACUGGUGGCUUCUUCCGAUCGUGCUAUUGCUGGCUGUGGGCGGCGGCGGUUCUUAA